CCCCCAACCUCAGCAUCGUAACCCUCACAAUACUCAGAGCUGGAGGAGAGAGAGGGAGGCGUUCACACAGACGAAUAUAUAAUGUCAUUUAAACACAGUAUCCUUUCCGAUAUCCAAACUUUAGAAACAUGCUAAAUGGAAUAUGCGUUCUGGAGAUGCAUUUUGAUAUAAAGCUCUUCGUUCUGGAAAGUAUUUUUGGAAUUGUAUUAUAACGGAUCAGGGAUGACAAAGAGAAUGGGAUACAGAGACUGGAGAUGGCUGGCUCUUUGGUGGCAUCAUUUCUUUCUCUUGUGGAGUACAAUAGACGGCCAGACUCGCUACACCAUCUCGGAGGAACUGAAACAGGGCUCUGUGGUAGGAAAUCUAGCCAAAGAUCUGGGUUUGGGACUAUCUGAUUUUUUUGACCGUAAGCUGCGUGUCGCUUCUGAGGCUGGUAAACAGUAUUUCAAUGUGGAUGCGGGGAAGGGCGAGCUGGUCGUCAAUGAGAGAAUAGACAGAGAGACGUUAUGCAGACAAAGCGCCAGCUGCGUUUUACCUCUGCAGGUUGUCAUUGAAAACCCGUUACAGUUGCACCGUAUUGAGGUGGAAAUACGAGACAUAAAUGACAAUUCGCCUAGUUUUCUUACAAAGGAGCUCACAGUGAAAAUAGUCGAAUUGACUGUUGCAGGCGCACGUUUUCCUUUGGAGAGUGCAGAGGACCCCGACGUGGGCAGUAAUUCCCUUAAAUCCUAUACUAUUAGUAAAGAUGAGUGUUUUACGUUGAAGGUAAAGGAGCUUGGUAAUGGAAAGAAAAUACCAGAACUAGUUUUAGAGAAGCCCUUAGACCGAGAGAAAAAAUCUGUCCAUAAACUACUGUUAACAGCUCUAGAUGGAGGCAAUCCUGUCAGAUCCGGGACGGCAGAGAUAACUAUUACUGUGCUUGACGUAAACGAUAAUUUUCCAGUAUUUGAAAAGUCUGUGUACAAAGUUUCUAUCCACGAAAAUAGUGCAAAGGGGACAUUUAUGAUUCAACUUAAAGCGACAGAUAUUGACGAGGGUCAAAAUGGGGAGAUAAACUAUUCGUUUGGUGAGCGCACCCCUGAGUCUGUGCUUUCUACAUUUAAUAUGGAUCCAGAUACAGGGGAUAUUUUUUUGAAGGGGGAUUUAGAUUUCGAAAGAGCUACAACAUAUGACAUUGACAUCACGGCGAGAGAUGAAGGCACUCCUGAAAUGGAAGGACACUGUCGCGUGCAGGUAGAGGUAAUAGACGUUAACGACAAUUCGCCUGAAAUUGUCCUCACUUCCCAACCAAACCCGGUGCGCGAGAACGCGCCCAGUGGCACGGUAGUAGCUUUGAUCAGUGCCCGUGACCUUGACUCUGGUAAUAACGGUAAAGUGACGUUACAGCUCCCACGAGGUUAUCCUUUUAGUCUGAAACCGUCCUUUUCUAAUAAUUACGCACUGGUCACCAGCGGUGUUUUAGACCGAGAGAGCUUCUCAGAGUAUAAUAUUGAGAUAACAGCCACGGAUUCAGGCUCCCCUCCCCUGACUACCAAGAAAACUAUACCAGUCACUAUCAUUGAUGUCAACGACAACCCCCCUAAAUUCUCUCAGCCCUUCUAUAAUGUCUAUUUAAAAGAGAAUGGACUACCAGGAUCCAUGCUAUCCUCAGUAUCUGCAUCUGACCUGGAUUUCGGAGAUAAUGCCAAGAUCUCCUACUCCAUCCUAGACUCCAAAGCGCAGGACGUUUCUGUAUCCUCCUAUGUGUACAUGAACACUGAUAACGGCAGUAUCUACAGCAUGCACUCGUUUGACUAUGAGAAACUAAAGGUGUUUCAGAUUCUGGUGCAGGCCAAGGACCACGGCUCUCCCUCUCUGAGCAGCAACGUCACUGUCCAUGUUUUUAUCCUGGACCAGAACGACAAUGCCCCCGCUGUUAUUUACCCCUCCGCUGCCCUGGGCUCGCUCUCUCACCAGAAGAUGCCCAGCUCCGCUAAAGCAGGCCACUUGGUUACUAAGGUAACGGCUGUGGACGCAGACUCGGGCCAUAACGCCUGGAUCUCAUAUAAACUGGUGGAGGCCACAGACACGUCUCUGUUCAGUGUCAAUCUUUACACGGGGGAGGUGAGGACUAAACGCGCUGUGUCUGAACAGGACGACUCCUCUCAGAGGCUGCUUAUAGAGAUACAGGAUGACGGGGUGCCGGUCCAGUCCGCCACGGUCACACUGACCAUACUGGUAGAGGACGGGCUCCACGAACUCAUCUCGGACCUUCGGCAGAAAGCGCCAGAGCCUAGCAAGAAAAGCGGGAGAAUCACCCUGUAUUUGAUUCUCUCUCUGGCCUCGGUGUCCGUGUUGUCUCUGGUGACUUUUGUCAUCUUAGCAGUCAAGUGCGUUAGAAACAGCAGGAGCAGCGGUAGUUGCUGCAUGAGACGGGACGACUUGGACGGCUACAAGAACCCCAACAGAAACCUGCAGAUUCAGCUCAACACUGACGGGCCGAUUAAGUACGUGGAGGUCCUGGGAGGGGACAUGUUGUCUCAGAGUCAGUCCUUCAGGUCCUGUCUCUCUCCCAUGUCAGAGUUCAGUGAUUUCACCUUCGUUAAGCCCAGCAGCACCACUGACUUUAAGGAGAUGAUCAACGUCCUAGACGCGUCUUUACCCGACAGCGCCUGGACCUUUGAGAGCCAGCAGUCAUCCGUUAUCUACAAGGCUCAGCAUUUCAGCACCAUUGUUGUGGACAGCGACACACUCUGGUUGCUGAAUCAGCUGUGCGGUUUUGUGGAAGCAAUUGCAAAGAGUUUGAGAGACGAUGCAUUCGCCAUCACCAUGCACACUGCCCUAUUCCAUCUGGACAAGAGGAAUACCUACGUAAGAAUGCUGUUCAUUGACUGUAGCUCAGCAUUCAACACCAUAGUACCCUCCAAGCUCAUCAUUAAGCUUGAGGCCCUGGGUCUCAGCAAUGCCCUGUGCUAUUGGGUCCUGGACUUCCUGACGGGCCACCCCCGGGUGGUGAAGGUAGCAAACAACAUGGACAAACUGAAAUAG